AUGUCGAGUCUCGUCGGUCGGGCGGCGGCCGACGCUUUCUCUAUCUACGCUACUCACAUACACUUUCGUUUGCUCUAUUGGCCAGGUCGAAUUGUCAAACCAUUACGACACCGAUACUUGCUGAACAAGAAAACGUCUGCGGGCGUUGCCAAGCUUCCCAAACCGAAGAGUCUCUCAAAAUCACAUCAAGGCGUGAGUUUAAGCGUGCGCCACUACACUGCGGACAACAAUGAGCGCUUUGUUUCACUACGUCAGCCUGCCGGCUUUCAUCCUUUCAUGGCUCGUGCACAUGUUCAUGGGAAUGCUGUGGUACUCGCCAGGUGUUUUCGGAAACGCUUUCCUCCGCCUUGCACAUCCAGGCAAGCAACCGACGCCGGAUGCUCGUGCAAUGGCAUCGGCCGCCAUAAGCACGGCAAUGGCCCUUCCAUUCUUUUCUUUCCUGUUGGGCGUGGCCGAUUGUCGCACGCCUGGCGAGGGAGCCAUAUGGGGACUGGCUGUCGGAGUUUUUCUAGACUCUGGACUCAACGCUUCUCAUUCUUUUUUCGAGGAUAGACCCUUUGCGCUCUUCUUGCUCCACAGGGGAUACCACAUCACAAGUCUCACUAUAAUUGGCGCCAUGCUUGGCUUGCUUUGUGGCUCCUGAGCGUCAAUCACUAGGUAAUUCGCAUCGCUACAUCCAUGGCCUGCUGUUUUGCAUUCAAUAUGGAUGAAUUUUAGUUCUGCAAUGUGCGUGAAUUCAUGGGAUGGGCACGGCAGCAUGGUAGGGUGUUUAUUCUUGCGAUUCGGGCGCGCCACCGCUCGAGAUAGCCAGUUACGCGGAUUUCUCUACCAAUAAAGUUACUGCUGAAUUGCGGA